AAAACGCCGGGGAUUGGAGCCACUCCUGUGGCCUUCUGAGCCAUUGUGGCUGAAGCCAUUUCGCUCAAGCCAUUUUGGCUCAAGUUGGCAUGCGGCUAUGGUCGGCUCCGAGCGGCCCCAAGUUGCCUCAAUUGGUGGGUUGCCGCGCGUGCUUCAUGGUCUUGCCAGGGUGCCCGCACCUGCACUCGCCCACGCGUAGGGCUCUUCAUUAUUGCGCUGUUGCCUGCACAUCGAUACUUGCGUACUCUCAGAUAGUCUCGUUGCAUACGACGUAUGCUACUUGGUCGAGUGGGCGCGCAUCUUCCUCGACGCCGCCUGCUAGUGUGUUGGGGGGGCCUCCGACGCCAGCUGUUGCGGUGUUCGUGCAGUUAGCGAACCCGUCUGUGUGGCCGCACCUUCGGGAUUGCGUCACCAAUGUUCUAGAAGGGGCGGCCGGCAUCACUGAGCAAGGGGCUCGGCUGACAAGGAAUGUGGACGUGUACGUCGGAAUGGUUUCAGGCAGCAACAAUUCCAGCAUCGCGGAAGACGCCCGCCUGUUGCUGCUCAGGUGGAACAGGGGGGGCGAGUACAAGGCGCGAUUGAUCAUGAAUUUCUCCCUCGAGAACAAGGGCGCCGACGUGGGCCUGUUCUUUCAACAGAUCCAGCAGGUACACGACCCAUCGAAAUACGAGUUUCUGCUCAAAGUGCACAGCAAACGACAAGAAGCUUGGCGGUGUCAGAUGUUGACGUCGCUUUGCGGAAGCAAGGAUCAGGUGAAGCACAUAUUGGAUAGGCUUGACCAUCAGCGAGACUUGGGCAUAUUGGGGCCAUGGGCCCUGACAUGGCGGUAUGACGAUAUGGUCGAUCCUGUUAAAGUCCAAGACUCGUUUGACCAGCUUGCCAAUUAUUCAUUUCCAGAGAAUCUGGGGGGCGCGUUUAUGAGACGCGCUUGGGAUUUUCUGUAUGACAAUCGCGUUGCCCUUCCUCCCCGUGACAAGUGGGCGAUGGUUGCGGGAACUUCUUUCUGGGCCCGCUCCGCACCGCUGUUGCAAAAUCCACGUCUAUUCUCCGCUAUAUCUCGGUGGCUGGCGAUUUGGGAAUUUGGCUACGAUUCAAAUUGUCGUAAUCGGACGGCUUGCCUAGAUGCUCUUGGAUUGGAAAGGGCCCUACCGACAAUGAUAACAUCUGAACACGCGCUUAAUAUUGCGGAGGUCCCAAACAAGUGCCGCCGACAUGAUAAACACAACCACUGCUGCCACCACAGAGACUGCAUGUCGUCAUGCGCAUACGCGCUACCUCCACCGAGUGUGUAAGUAGAGCUUCAUGCGUGUCGGAGGACAGAACGAAUGCGUUCCAGGAGGAGGAUGUCCUUUAGACGGCUCCACCAGCCCCCAAGAGACCCUUGGGCGUUUCAAAAAGGAACGCUUCGUUGAUUGUAUGAUGUCCUCCGAUGCCUAACACUUAGUCUACAACCAUAGGUGCAAUGCCUUCCAAGCAUCUCCAAUAUUCCGCUAAUCAUCUGGCUUGCAGGUGAGAUUCCUUUUCGGCCAGCGCAGUCGAUUAGAUGCAUUCCUUUGAUUUUCAGGAGCGGUUCGCUCCAACAUGCGCGAACAUCCUUGUGCAAUCGACCAGAUAAGUUCGUGCGAGGCGGUUGCGACUCUGGCGCGAGACCCCGCCUGUGCUUCUCGGACCUAAGGAAUCAGGUUGGUACGCUGUACGUGUGUGGCGUGUCGAACGGCGACUGGCCGUCCCAUCCGAAACAAAAAG